AUGAUCCAAGAAGAAAAGCCGAAUGAAAUCAUUGUGUACGCCGAUUACUACAGGGCGUACGAGUUUCUCCUUCGUUUUGCAAAGUAUCAUGGAAUGGAUUCGGAGAGGGCGUGCUGUGGGAUUGGGGGAAAGUACAAUUUCAACACGGCCAGAAUGUGUGGGGCCCUCGGAGUUCCGGUUUGUUGGAAGCCUCAUAGGUACGUGAGCUGGGAUGGGAUCCACAUGACCCAACAAGGUUACCGGAUUAUGUCGGGCUGGUUGAUGCACGACUUGCUCCCCAAGCUCCAUUGCCUCGAGAGGCGGCCCUGA